ACAGGUUGUUGUAUCUAUGUCCCACUUCUCCAGAUCUUUGCUGUUAUUUGUGCAUGUGUAUGUGAUUUGAUUCAUAAAAUUGUUCAUUCCAUUGGGUGUUUAGGAGAGACUCUGCUCUCGACGCGAUGAGUUGUUGUGCCAGCUUUAUUCCGCAAGUAGGUGCCAGAUAUUAAACAGGUGACCAGAACCUAACGAGACGUAUUCAAAGUGCCUAACGACCGAUCCAACACAUUGGAUUUGGGUGUGGAAUUUACAUCCUGUAUGCUGAGUGUGCCUCGAAAGUUGAUAGUUGGACGUUAUGAGCGCAAAUAAGGCCACCGAUGAGACUGACCGAAAUGCGGUGACUAAUGGUGACGAGAGGCAAAACAAUGUAGCAGCACAAUCAAUGGAAUCGGAAAAUAAGACCUCUGCCAUCCAGGAAACAUCUUUGUCUGUGACCAACAAGCUAAGCGGGCUGUCAGAUAAAGAACUUAAUAAAACUACCAACUGGGUGAAAUUUGAUGAUGACGAGGGCGGCAAAAAGGCGACAGCCGCUUCACAAUCGUCGUCCUCCAACAAGGUAAUGGCCGUUCCUGCGACAAAUGAAGUGACACCAGCGGUACUGGCAACAGAGUCAGUUCACGUCACUGUUGAUUCAAGGUUACCAGGAACUCCGAAACAGAGUUCUCAAGUGAGCUCGGGUGGUUCUUCUAAAUUAAUGGUCACAACUUCAGCGAGUAACACCAACAAAACAUCACAACCAGCGGUAAUAGAUAUCCCGAAACAGUCAGUUAAUGUUGUUCAACCUAUUCAGUCGAUGCGCACAAUUGAACUAUCCACUGGUCGUGUUCGCGAGGGAUUUGCAAACGGUGACGUCAUAGUGACGUUAUUACCAACUAACACGCGGUGGCCUUGGAUAACGCCGGCAGUAUUUCGCCCAGAACUUGUUCCAGAAGAACUAAUGGCACAGGGAUUGACGCUUACUGUCGAAGAGUAUGUCCAUGCCAUGGAAACGCUGGUGAAUGACUAUCGGUUUACUAUGUAUAACAUAUGCUACAAGCGUGUUUUGAUCGUUUGGAUACUGUUCGCGUUUAUAGUAUUACUGGGUUUAUUGUUUUCUGGCUUGUAUGGAAUUACGCUAUUCUCGUUGGGCGUCGGUUGGCUCUUCCUGAACGCAGCUGCCAUUUUUCUAUGCAUGUGGGUGAAGCUACGUUUGGCUCGUGGUCUUGAGCGUUGCAUGGCCCGAGUGAAUAAACAGUUGAUACGACAUAAAAUUCUUCUUGCCUUGGACGAUCGAGGUCACAUCUCCUGCCAUAAGGUAAACCUUUGCUUUAUGUACUUCGAACCCUCGCAAUGCAUCAGCUAUCUCAAUGAGUUCAUCGAACGGAGCGAGCAAAAUGGAAACACAAUCGAACCUGGAUGGGAAAGCCGACUGGACGUUACCACCAAUGACAUUGUUAUUCAAGGAGCCAACACAACCCGACUAUCACGGAAGCAGGAACGUGGACUUCUUCUAUUGCUGCGCUACGGAUCCCGGUGGGGCAAUCAGUCAAUGAGAGGGUUAAUCGAUGUAACAUCCGUUGAACCGGCACGUCAUUGUCGUCAGUUUCAGUGCCCUUGUCAGUAUAUCGAGUACCAUCUCAAAUGUAAACCACGAGGCAAGUUUCAAUUUUGUAAACUUUUUUACUGGGUGACGGCUUCCCAAUGGUAUGGUUAGUUUGGUACGCUGAACGUUCGUGAAUAAUACACAUUUGGUUGCAUGUACGGUUAGAGUGGUGAGCAGUUCCCUAAGAAGCAAAUUCAACUCAAGCAAAUUAUAUGGUUAGUUUGGUGACCCAAAUAGUUGAACCAACCGGAGAUUACAAAAAGUUCUUUUCUUUGCGAAAAAAUCGCAAAUGUCUCUCAAUAAUUCUGUAGAUAAUUCUACCUAACAAUAAGUACUUAUUUUUGCCUUAUACGUAUAUUUGGGCGUAUUUUUGUUCUAGUUAUGUUUGAUUACCUACUCCAUUUAUUUCAACAGUACGCUUCACUAGUACUUAAAAGAGAAAAUUAAAAAAUGUGAUACAAGUAAAGAUUUGAAGACACAAUUAAGCAUUUCUAAAAAAAUGACUCCGUCCACAAAAUCCACUUUUACAAAUGAUAUACGGAUUAAUGGAAAUACAAGUGUAAGCUAUAUAGAGUAUACAUUGCGUCUUGAACUCUAAGAUACUUUCUCAAUAUUUUAUUAGAAUGUUGAACUAAUAGUAAGUAGUUAAUAAGGCAGUUGAGUUGAUGUGUCUAACGAAAUAUAUUUGUUGAAGAAUA